GCCGGAGCCGCGCUCAUGGCGUUCAGCCCUUGGCAGAUCCUGUCCCCCGUGCAGUGGGCGAAGUGGACGUGGUCCGCCGUGCGCGGCGCGGGCGCCGGCGAGGACGAGGCCGGAGGCGCGGAGGGCGGCCGGGAGGAGGAGGACUCACCGGCCGAGACCAGAUCCUUGAGCUUCAGCUCGGAUUCUGAAGGUAAUUUUGAGACUCCUGAAGCUGAUACUCCAGUUAGAUCAUCUCUCAAGGAAACCUGUGAGUCAUCUCUAGGAUUUGCAGAAUCUGGGGCCAAAACCCAAGAGUCCCAAGAAGCUGAGGAGCAGUUGGUUGCAGAAGUGAUUGAGAAACAUUCCUCUGAGGCUCAUUCUAGACCUUCAGAAGAUGGGGCACCAACAGUGAGCAUCGGUUCUCUGUCAGGCAGGGAUGUCAGAGGAGAACUUGAUCAUGAUGCCAGCAAAAUCUCAAUAGUGAGGCCAUUUUCAGUAGAAACCAAGCAUUCUACAGAUGUCCCAGAACCUCUUGGAACAAGAGCAGCCUGUGGCUGUGUAGCUGCUGUCUCAGAAGAUGCUUUGUCCUCUUUGGCCCCAGACACCUCCCAGGACCAGCCAGUGGCGGGAGGCAGCAUGCGGGUUUCAUUUGAGGUCCCCAAAGCUGAUCUGAAGACUGGGAGCCCCUGUCCAGAGCCUGUGGCCAGCAGAAGCAAGCUAAGAAAGCCCAAACCAGUCUCCCCAAGGAAGAAGAUAGUAGGGGGAAACUUCUCUGAGGCCGAAAUUGCUGUGGAGGGUUUGCCUCUCCCUUGCCAGUUGAUUCCUGGUGAAUGUGAUGAGAACACACAUACGUCUGUUCUAGGAGGUACCAGGGGCCAGAAACCUUCCCUUGACCUUAAAGAAGCUUCUGUUGCUUUCAGCAGUGACACCAGUGACUCAGGGGUUGAACUACAGGAGUCCAAGAACUCAUCUCUCAAACUUGAGUUUGAUUUCCCAGAAGAUAUGGAAAAUGUCGAGGCCAGCAGAGCCCUCCCAAGGAAACUUGGCAGGAAACCUGGUAACAAACUGAUGCCCAGGAUACAUAAAGAUGGCAUCAGUAAGCCAGUAGGUGUAGAACAGCCUGCAGACCCAAAAAUCCAAGAUGUCCCUCUUUCCCACAGUUCUAUUCAGCUAGAUCCUAGUCAGUGGGAUCACCCCAACUUUAACCCCUUUGGGAGCCACACCAUUCUACAAAAUUCCCCACCCCUCUCUUCUAAGGGCUCCUACCAUUUUGACCCAGAUAACUUUGAUGAAUCUAUGGAUCCCUUUAAACCAGCUACAACUUUGACAAGCAAUGACUUCUGUUCUACUACUGGUAGUCAUGUUAAUGAACUCUUAGAGUCACCCAAGAAGGCAAAGUCGCGUUUAAUAACGAGUGGCUGUAAGGUGAAGAAAUACGAAACUCAGGCUCUUGCAUUGGAUAUUUGUUCUCAGGAUGAAGGAGGAGUGAUUUCCCAGGCUUCAGACAUUUCUAAUAGGGACGGCCAUGCUACUGAUGAGGAGAAACUGGCGUCCACAUCAUGUGGUCAGAAAUCAGCUGGGGCUGAGGUGAAAGGUGAGCCAGCGGAAGACCUGGAGUACUUUGAAUGUUCCAAUGUUCCUGUGUCUACCAUAAACCAUGCGCUUUCAUCCACAGAAGCAGGCAUAGAGAAAGAGACAUGCCAGAAGAUGGAGAAAGACGGAUCUGCUGGACUUGGCCUGUUGGAAUCUUCUCUGGAGAAGGCUCCCAUGUCUGUGGCCUGCGGAGGUGAGAGCCCCCUGGAUGGGAUCUGCCUCAAUGAAUCUGACAAGACAGCUGUGCUCACUUUGAUAAGAGAAGAGAUAAUCACUAAAGAGAUUGAAGCAAAUGAAUGGAAGAAAAAAUAUGAAGAGACCCGACAAGAAGUCUUGGAGAUGAGGAAAAUUGUGGCUGAAUAUGAAAAGACCAUUGCCCAAAUGAUUGAAGAUGAGCAGAGGACAAGUAUGACCUCUCAGAAGAGCUUCCAGCAGCUGACCAUGGAGAAGGAGCAGGCCCUAGCUGACCUCAACUCUGUGGAAAGGUCUCUCUCAGAUCUCUUUAGGAGAUAUGAAAACCUGAAAGGUGUACUUGAAGGAUUUAAGAAGAAUGAAGAAGCCUUGAAAAAAUGUGCUCAGGACUACUUGACCAGGGUUAAGCAGGAGGAGCAGCGGUACCAGGCCCUGAAGGUCCACGCUGAAGAAAAGCUAGACAAAGCCAACGAAGAGAUUGCUCAGGUUCGCUCCAAGGCAAAGGCUGAGAGCGCAGCACUCCAUGCUGGACUUCGGAAAGAGCAGAUGAAGGUGGAGUCCCUGGAAAGGGCCCUUCAGCAGAAGAAUCAGGAAAUUGAAGAACUGACAAAAAUAUGUGACGAGCUGAUUGCGAAGCUGGGAAAGACUGACUGAGCCCCUCCCAUAAGCUCAGAAGGUCUGAAUCUGGCUGCUUCUGUCAUAACCACAAUUAUCUUGCCUUAUCCAGAGAGAAUUCCUCCUUUGCAGAGAAAAGUAACUUUUUUAAAAGCACAUGCCCACUGCUGCCUGUCCUGCUUUGCCUCUGAUGCAGCACCCUGGAAGGAGCUUCAGAGCCAGUUAGGAAGGGUUGAGGGUUAGGGAGUCAGAGAGAGGGGUGUGGUCCAAGAACGAGCCAGCUCCCGAGGCUCCAGGCCUCGGCACAGUGGACAGGCUGCUGAGUCUGCAUUUGAUUUCUGUCUCCAGUUCAUCCCAACACCAUCUUUACUUUUCCCAAAUUUGUUAAAUUUCCAAUUCUGUGGCUAUUGUUGUGAUCAUCUCCACCACCUGUUUGAUAUUUUUCAACCCAUUUAAUCUUAAUUUUCUUUUCAGCAACUUUGUGGAAGGAGAUCAUUUGGCUACUGUUACUCCAUCCUGUGAACAACAGGGCAGGGCUUGCUCAUGCUUACGUAUGUGCACACGCCACUUCCCUGCAGUGCAGUCAGGACUGACUUCUCUGGAGAACCCUAUUUUGAAACAGAGCCUUGGCUCCAAAUGCCAGUUUAAACACUUGGGAGGUGACUACGGUGGCAUGUGCUUAUAGCCCCAACUACUGGGAGGCUUAGACUGGACGAUCACUUGAUCCUGGGUGCUUAAGGCCAGCUUAGACAAAUCUAAAACAGAAAACAACUAAAAGCCAACACUUUAGGGGAAAUUGAAAAUACAAAGACUAUGUCCAUGGAAGACUUCUUGCCAUGCUCUUUUAUUGCUCAAGUAUCUGGGCACUCCUGAGCUUGGAUGGGUGUGACUCAUAGUCCUUAUUGCUGAAAACAUGUUUGCUUUCUGCGUGUGGAUCUCCCUCAGAGCUAGGGUUUAGCAAAUCUGCCCUGGGUCAGUUAGUGUUCUCUGCUUCCUUUGUUCAUACAAAAUCAGCCUUUGCUAUCUAUUUGAAAUAUGCAAAAACACUAUUUGUAAAAAGUUUCAUUGAUUUUAUUUGGUUAAAAGGUAACUGCAGCCUAAUAUCCAGUUGGAAGGUGAAACUUUUUUUAUGCAAACAUGAAAUAUAAUUCUAAAGAUGAAAAAAAAAAAGGAGCGACAGAUGCUUUCAUACUUAAAAGCAAAGUUUUAGCAAAAGAGGUAGUAGGAGUUCAUGAGACACAACACCCAAGUCAGCAGAAACAGCUUGAAUCCUGGGGCCGGUGGUUCAGGGAGACAGUCGACAUACACAAAACCCAACUCCCUCUUAACCCCCAAAUGAAAAUAUUCCACAUAAUGCCAUUGAGUUCCUUCCAUUUUAUAGGCAAAACCAAAUCCGUUGAUUGUUUAAAGCACUCUUUGGUCUCAGUCUUACCCCCCGAAAGUCUCUGUGGUGAGAUGCACUGCACUGAGUAGAUGUCUGUUUCUCUACUUGUGCAAGUGUUGCAUGAGACAACUCUAGCAAUGAAUUGUGCCUCAUGGAAAACCUCUGUAGAGCUUAAAAAAUGAAUGUUUCUUUAGCAGUGUGUUUAGUAUGUGAUACAAUCUUUAGCCCUAGGGAAGUCAGUAAUGUCUUUUCAAGCCAGAAGUCACAUUUUAUCAGUAUGCAUUUCUCAUAAUUGGUGCUUAGGCUAAGCUGUAUUUUGAGGCCUAUUGUCUUAAUAUUUUAUACAAAAAACCAAAACAACAGAAAGUAUCUGUGGUUGGAGAAAUGGCUUGACAAUCGUUUGUGCUUUGGAAGUAGUCACCAUGGCUUAAUGUGAACAGACAUAAUGUUAAGUUCAAGGGUCUCCUCCAUUUAUAAUCGGUUUUCUCGAAGUCUUCUUUUACAAGAGAAAUUAAUUUUUCAUUCUGGAGAAAUUAUUUUUACUGCUUUAUUUGGUCUAUAUUCAUGUUUACUUGCCUUAUAUUGGUCCAUUUUAAAUAUGAAAAGCUUAUGGUGAUUUCCAUUGUCAACCUAUAGUCAUCUUUGUUUUUCUUUUGUAUUGUUGGGAGUUCUCCCCAGACUCUUACAUAUGCUAGGUGCAUGCUUUACCAUGGAGCUCCAUUUCCAGCCUCCUAGUCAUUUUUUGAAGCUUACUGUAUAUUUUAAGACUAUAGAAAGCAUCAAAGAGAAUUGUGACAAUCCUUUCCUAACAUGCUGGGAGAAAGAGCCCUUGAAAACUACACUAUAAAUGAGGUUGCUGUGCAGGGAAACGAAAGGGCCCUUUCUGAGUAAUGCUUGAUCGUCAUGUUUCUCAGUCAUCAUUCCCAGGAAAUGUCCACCAUUCUCGCUUGGUAAAUGGAUACUCUCUAGCAGGACAAAAUAUGGCCUGCUCAGCUCACAUGGCAAGAGAACAUACUGGAUGGAAUUAAGUAAAAUAAGCCAAAAAGUUUUUAGAACUCUUAAGAGUAAGGAUAUAGUUUAAUGUUUUUUUUUCAACAUAUGUAGGAGCCAAAUUAUGUGUUUGUUAGGCAAUUACAGAAUAGGCAUGUUGUUACACACAAUCCUGGCACCAGGAGGCAGAGGCGGGAGGAUGGAGAAUUCCAGGCCAGACUGACAUAUGUAAAAUCAAGCACCAGUAUGUAACUCAGUGGUAGACCACUUGCCUCCCACACACAUUGGUUUCAAUUCCCAGUGCUAUCAAAGUAAAUAAUAAAAAUAAAAAGUAACUUAUACAAAGGUGGACAAGGGAACUGCUGGCAGAGAGAUGUUUGGAAAUACUAGAUCUCAUUGGUAUUCCCAGUCAGCCACAACAUAGGUAGUGUUUACCUCUUAGCAUGACAGACUGACGAGUUUACCAUAUCAUUGGUUAGAUAGUUGGUUCCAGUCCGACCUCCUAACAUUUAUCUACUUGGGGGAGUUCAUUAACACUGGUGACUUAGCCAAACCCUCUGUUCUGGAAAUUCUGAGAACCUUGGUCUCUUGUGUGGCUUUGAGCAUCCUCAGGGCCAGCCCACACGUGGCAGUACAGAGAGAAGCACAUGAUGGUGAAGCUCUGCAUCCUGGGAGCCUUCCCCAGUGGUGUGGGAUCUCAGGGGAGGUACCCUGUCAUUUGAGGCCACAGCUCAGGUUGGGCUUUCCUUCCAAGCCAGUGCCUCUUUCUGUCUAUCCCCAUUUGGCACCACCUGUUCACAGAUGCUUAUUUCCCAGCAGCUCUGCACUGGUUCUGUGUACUUUAAACAAAGAAAGGCUGCCCUGCACUGACAUGCAGCAGAUUGAAGUCCCAUGCACAGGUAGCACAGGGCUAGAAGCAGGAGUUUAUGCGGGAGGGUCUGCAGCUCACAGAGGGGUUUAGAGCAGCAUAGCUAAUUAGGCCUUGGGCCCACUGAGUCAGAAAUGACAGCAUAUCCUUUUAAGCAAAGUAAGCAUUCUAUCCCCGCCCCCUGAGAUUUCCUUUGGGCUUCCAUUUCAGUUGAUUGUCUUCUCCUAAAUUGUUCAUUACUGUUGUCUUUUGUAGUCCGUGACCCUGUGAGCUUGCUCUCAGACAGGUUUCUUUAUCUUCUUGUUGGAAAAAAAGAAACUAGGUAUUGAAAGAUCAAAUGAUCCAGGCAAGGGAUUUUAAAGAUGUAUAUAUUGUGAAGAGUUUUAAAGAACAGAAUAGUUUGUUUAUUAAAGAACAGAUAAACUCUGGAAAUCCCAGAAUGUCAGGCCAAAGGUCUAAGAAGUCAUCUUUCAAACAUUUUAAUAAUAAAUAAAUUACUUUGAGGAGACUUCUGUCCAAAAAGGUUUGACUGGCCUCCAGAUUGUAGUUAUUUUUGAAAAGCAAUUUACAUGGGCUAAGGAUGUAACUCAGCUGGUGACAAACUCACCUAGCAUGCCAAGUCCUUGGAUUCUAUACCCAGUACUGAAGAAGGAAAAAACAGGCUGGGGAAGGCACUUUACCACUAAUUCCUUGAGUCUCUCACAUGGAGAGUAAAAGUAAACAAACUGAUACAACUUCUCCAUACACCUCACUCUCCCAGGAAGACCUGCUCCCUUGUGCCCAAGCUUGUGUUGCCUAAACUAAAGAUUGCACUUUUCAUAGUUUCCCAUCCAAAUAUAACUCCAUUUCUGUGCCUCUGCAUGCAGUCAGACUUGGACAAACAAGAUUCCUAAGGAAUGACUUUAUUAACUGUAAUAUGGUUACAGCCAUUAUAUAAAUAUAUACAUAUAUAUCCUGGUUAUAGUUCUAUUAUGGAGAUGCUGCGUGCGAUGUUGGCCUGUGGCAAUCUGUAUAAUGCUUUUACUGUUCAGAGGAGGCCAGGCAUGGAGUUAGGUAUGGCCUGAACCUUCCUGCAUUGAGGUUUCAGUGCCAGCUAUCGAGACGCCAGUGUCCCUUGCCUUCUAGUGGUAUCUGAAUAUACUAACCAGUAGUUCUUCCUCAUCACAUCAUUAACUGACAUUCUAGAUUCACAAAUAAUUUUCAAGUGCAUAAAAAUUUGAAUUCUGAAGCCACACCCAGUCCAGACACAGCGAAGUGUGUAGGCUACACCUGUACCCUCAACCUCAGCCUGUCACAGCCCUUGAGACAGGAUCUAGGCAUUUUUUUAAACCUCUAAGGUAACAGUCAGCUUUUCAGUAUUGCUGUUAGCAAGUCUGUGUUUUCUAGUAGAUACCUAUUGUACUAAUGUGCCAACAAAAAUUAUGUAUUGCACAUCUGCUUCUACUGUAUCCCCAUGAGUGCCCUAGAAUGUGCGAGAACCCUCAUUGGAGGGGCAGUGCCACAUUGACUCCUGCUGCAGGUCUGUGUUGUGUGGAAUAAUCAUAUGCAUAGAUUUUAUAUACAUAGUAAUUUCCCUUUUUAUAUGUCAGGUAAAUAUUUGUAAAGUUAUACUCACACAAAUGAAAUUAUUAUGAUUACUAAUAUAUUUUUUCCAUGUUUCAUUGCCUGAAUAAAACUGUUUACCACUGUUA